AUGCCCACCAUUGAAUAUCUUUAUGGUCCACCAGGACCACCCGGUCCAAUGGGUCCUCCUGGUCAACCAGGCAAACAUGGAGAGCGCGGCAUGGAUGGUCGCAAAGGUGAUACGGGAGAGAAAGGCCAAAAAGGUGACCAGGGACCAAUGGGUUUACCGGGUCCUAUGGGUAUGCGUGGUGAUUCUGGACCAGUUGGUCCCUCAGGCAAAGCUGGUUUACCGGGCCCACCAGGUCUAGAUGGCAUGAAGGGCGCUCAAGGUGAAACUGGACAUAAAGGUGAACGCGGCGACCCAGGAUUGCCGGGCACCGAUGGCAUACCCGGUCAAGAGGGGCCGCGCGGUGAGAAGGGCUCACGUGGCGAUGCUGGACCACCAGGAAAACGCGGACGCAAAGGGGAUCGCGGUGACAAAGGCGAGCAGGGCGUGCCUGGACUAGAUGCGCCCUGUCCGCUGGGCUCAGAUGGCCUACCAUUGCCGGGUUGUGGUUGGCGACCACCAAAGGAGCCUGUCAUCUCCACGCCCAUACACAAAGACUACCUACCCGAUGUAACAGCGCCUGAAAGCAAUACAAGCGACUAUGAGGCGGAAGAGGAAGAAGAUGAGCAGAAUGAGGCUGAGGAGGAAUACGAUGAAUAUGCAGAUAAUUUGCACAAUAAUGAUUGAAUAAGUGUACAAACACUAAAGAAUAGCAACGACGACAAUGCAAAAUCUCUGAAAGUUGCGAAACCAGCGAAUUAGCAAUCUGUAAAAAAAAAUAAGCAGCGAAAUUCGAUUUUAAAUCACCCGCUUUAUAUGUAAUUAUAAUAUGUAGUUAUACCGAAAAUAGUAAUUCCUUUAAUUUUGUCGUUAACCACAUUUUCUUUCACUUAAAGAGUUUAUACUUUUUAAUUAUUUAUUGUAUUUUUAAUUUUACUAAAUAAAAACUUAAUAUAAGCGCUUAGUUAAAAUAAUAUUUUGUAAGACUUAACAUUUCUUGUUGGAUUAUGGUUUAAAUUAACGCACUUAACAAAUCAAACUGACUCUGCAAAAGCAGUUCACUGUACCAACUGUACAGCUUACAGCACUAUCUUCAAAUUUUUGGUUGUGGAUUUACAAAACAUUCAAAAAAGAAAAUUGGCAGCAGUGGUUAAAGGAAGAACUAAAUUCCAUACAGAGGCCUGCACGAAAUUAAAAUUAGUCCAGCAGCAUUUUGUAUCAGAUUCUUCACAAAUUGUACUACUUCAAACUGCAACUAAUUUCAAUAUACAUACCUACAUACUUCAUCCGAAGUAUAAAACGAAAUCGAAACGUUGUCUAAAUACGUAUAAAAAAUAGUGCAGCAUUAAACCCAGAUGAAUCUCUAAAUCGACCUACCUGAUCGCUAUGCUCAAUUUAUUAGACUUAAUGACAAAUGAAGGGCUUAGAAUCAAAAGGAGUUAAGUAGAUCUGACAUUUUUUUUUAGAUAAUUAAGGUUAAAGUUGAUUACUUAUUGUAAAUUCUGGGUAAAUACAUUUGAAAUGAUUUUUGCCUAAAUGAAUGCA